AUGUCUUACCAAUACAUCAUAACAAAUGAUGGUCCGUACAUCAAGAAGCUACCCAAUGUUCUGGAACCUACUCUACCUGAAAAUCCUGUUCCUGUCACAACAAGCGGAAGGGUGGAAGACACCCUGACCGAAGAAGAGCAGCGGAAAAAUGCUCGCAGUAAACGGUUGAAGAAAUGGCGAUAUGCCGUGGGCAUUGUCAUAGCUACCGUCUUCUUCGUUGGUCUGAUAGGAUUCAUGGCAUACGAAGCCUGGGAUCACAUGGUCGCUGAACCUCAAAGACAAUUCAAGGCCAGCUCCAUGGGUCCCAACGACACGAUUACCGAUAUCAAAACAGAUAUUCUGAACAAUGGACAAGCCUGGACGGAGAUAAGCGCCAGUCUGUAUGAAUUUCCGGAGGCUUCUCCUGCUUCUGAGACUACUCGCCGACGCAGGUCUUCCUCUCAUCAAUGA